GCCAUCGAGCGAGGGUUUUGGAACGAAGAGGAGGCAAGGCGAGACCCGGAGAGUUGGUUGCGUAUCUCUCAGGGGUGCGUGGGAGAGAGGAGCGUGUUUACUCCAGGAGGUCUUCGGAAGUUUAAAAUCGUCUUUAAAGUCACGUCAAGCUCUCUUCUCCACUUCGCGAGACGGGGCUGUUUACCAACCUGCUGAGCCCUGGCGAGCGGCAGAAAGCAGAAGAGGCGUUUCUUCCUGGCUGCUGCUCCUAUUCCUAGGAAUAUCUGGUGGUGUUUGUUCUCACGUUCUUUUUGGCUUAACCAGGAGCCUGUGCCUCAGAUGAAUUACCCGCCCUGCCGCUCCAGUUCCGUGGCCAUCUGCUUCCAGCCCGCCUAAAAGGAGGCAGAAUCUUUCGGCUAUCUCUGCUGACCAGACAGGGCCGUUUCCUUCCCGCCUCCAGGCUUUGCUCCCGGCACACUGAGGCACUUGUUGCAGCUCCUGGCUGGGCUUUGGGAGGCUUGAGGAGACUUCCUUUUCUCCCUCCAGAAUAACGGUAGUUGUUCAAAAUCGUAAGCCAACCGAGCUCCAUCACACCAGCCCCCUCAAGGCACAGCUGCUGUAGCGCCCUUCUCUGCUCCUUCCUCCCGUGCUUCUGGGCCGGAAGAAAACAGGUUCUUAGAAGCACCACUGGCCCACCUAACCUAAUCUAUGAUCAGCUCCGUGUGUGUCUCAUCUUACCGAGGGCGCAAAUCAGGGAACAAGCCACCCUCCAAAACAUGCCUGAAGGAAGAAAUGGGCAAAGGAGAGGAGUCAGACAAGAUCACGAUCAACGUGGGGGGCACCCGGCAUGAGACCUACAAGAGCACUUUGCGCACCUUGCCAGGAACCCGCCUGGCCUGGCUGGCAGAUCCUGAUGCCCAGAGCAAUUUUGACUUUGAUGGGCAGAGCAAUGAGUUUUUCUUUGACCGCCACCCAGGCAUUUUCUCCUAUGUGUUGAACUAUUACCGCACGGGCAAACUACACUGCCCAGCAGACAUCUGUGGGCCCCUCUUUGAAGAGGAGCUCACCUACUGGGGCAUUGAUGAGACUGACGUGGAGCCCUGCUGCUGGAUGACUUAUCGCCAGCACCGUGAUGCUGAGGAAGCCCUGGAUAUCUUUGAGAGCCCUGAGCCUGGCAGUGGAUUGGCUGGGGAGGAGACUGAAGAUGAAGGGGCCCGGGAGAUGACUCUUCAACACCUGGGCAUGGAGGAUAGGCCUCCUGGGGCUGCAGGUGGAGGAGGAGGAGGCAGCAGCUGUUGCCGCAACUGGCAGCCCAAGAUGUGGGCACUUUUUGAGGAUCCCUAUUCAUCAAGGGCAGCCCGGAUCAUCGCCUUUGCCUCACUUUUUUUUAUUCUGGUAUCCAUCACAACUUUUUGCCUGGAGACACAUGAAGCCUUCAUCAUAGACACCAAUGUGACUGAGACUCUGGUAGUGGGCAACACGACUGAGAUUGUUGUGAUGAAAAAGAUGGAGACAGAGCCUAUUCUCACCUGUAUUGAAGGAGUUUGUGUGCUGUGGUUCACUCUGGAGUUCCUGGUGCGCAUUGUUUGCUGCCCGGAUAAAUUGAUCUUCAUUAAGAACCUUCUUAACAUCAUUGACUUUGUAGCCAUUUUGCCCUUCUAUUUGGAGGUGGGACUCAGUGGCCUAUCAUCCAAGGCUGCGCGGGAUGUGCUGGGCUUCCUGAGGGUAGUUCGUUUUGUCAGGAUCCUCCGGAUCUUCAAGUUGACCCGCCAUUUUGUGGGACUUCGGGUAUUGGGCCAUACACUCCGGGCCAGUACCAAUGAAUUCCUCCUCCUCAUCAUCUUCCUGGCUCUAGGAGUUUUGAUUUUUGCUACCAUGAUCUAUUAUGCUGAAAGGAUUGGUGCCAAGCCAUCUGAUCCUAGUGGUAGUGACCACACUCACUUUAAGAAUAUUCCAAUUGGAUUUUGGUGGGCAGUGGUAACCAUGACAACUUUGGGUUAUGGAGACAUGUAUCCCAAAACCUGGUCAGGCAUGUUGGUGGGAGCUCUUUGUGCCCUGGCCGGUGUUCUUACCAUUGCUAUGCCUGUUCCAGUCAUUGUCAACAACUUUGGAAUGUAUUACUCAUUGGCCAUGGCAAAGCAAAAGCUCCCAAAGAAGAAAAAGAAGCACAUACCACGUCCAGCACCACUUGACUCCCCAACAUUCUGCAAAUCAGAAGACAACUCACCUCACAACAGUAUUCAGAGUUACAACAGUCCUCUGGCUUCAGCCACAGCGGCUGGGGUGAUGGAGAGGAAAAGAUCAGACACCAAGCAGAAUGGAGAUGCCAAUGUGGUUCUGUCAGAUGAAGAGCAGCCUCUUUCAUCACCACAAGAGGAGAAGCAGCUCAUGAGGCGCUCAAGUACCAGGGACAAAAACAAGAAAGCAGCAACCUGCUUUCUCCUGAGCACUGGAGAUUUCUCUUGUGCCGCUGAUGGCAGCAUCCGGAAAGGACUGUUGAAUCCUCAGUGACUGUCACUAGAAGCUGGGAUUGGCUCAAGCAAUUUUCCUGUUAAAAAUGUAUACGAGGAGAAUGUAAGCUAGAAGGACCUAUCUGUUUGCUGUAAUCCUGCUUGCUAUGUAUUCAGUGUAUAAAAAUGUAUCUGAGACAUCCAGGGUUACUCCAUACUGUCAAUGUCAAGAUGGGCUCUCAACCAGUACAAGCAUUUGUACUGUUUCACAAUCAGCCUUCCCCCUUUUACUGUGUUGACCAACUUGUUGGCCAACAUUGCUGCUAUUUCACUGUAGAAAUGUGAAUGGUUCUUGACUUCAUUACAGAUGGACAUUGCUAAUCUUAGAUACCUUCUGGCAGACUCCUGCAGAUGCUUCAGUAUGUAAGUGCCAACUUAGCAUUGUCUGCAGAUAGUAUUUUGUUUUAGACUCUACUGUAUGUACUCCUGGCUUCUUCAAUAGAAAAUUCCCUUUCUGUAUAUGAAAUUCAUGGAACUAUUUGGGAAUUUGAAGCCACAAGAUGUUGCAAGGCGAAAGUAGCUUGUGGAUGUAUUUAAUGAAAAAGAAGAAGAACCAUUAGACUGUUUUUCCCCCCAGUGCUGUUACUGCAUCCCAGACAGUAUUUAGUACUAUUAUC